AUGUCGGGCGCACCGCCCCAUGCCGCGGCAGGCGGCGCAGUGCCGGCAACGACGCUGGACGUCGUGCCGAUGCCGCUGCCUGUCUGCCUCGCCGACGAGGCCUGGCUAUAUAACGCCCCCGCGUUCCACAGCGCGGUGGUCUGGUCCGAUGACAACGUCCUAGCAGUGGCGGCUGGCACCACGGUCGUCCUCGUGUCGCCAGCUGACUUGGGCGGGGCGCGACACUAUGUGGCGCUCCCCCAGCCUGCCGCCCCGACGGCGGCCCAGGUGAAGAAAGGCAGCAAGCCGGCGGAGGAUAAGGAGCCUGCCGCCGGCUGCCGCCCGCGCCGCGCGGCGGCAAGUGCGACGCUGCCGCUAGCGAUGCUCGCCGAGGGGGACGGCGGCGCCGUGCUCGCUCGCGCCGUGGCGUGGUCGCCGGCCAGCUGCGCGCCGGGCGCGGGCUGCCUGCUGGCCGUGCUGUCCAGCGAUCACAAGGUGCACAUCUACGGGCCCGGCCCCACCCAGUCUCACAGCCGCUGGGGAGUGUGCCAGGACCUGACCGCCGCCCUCAGGCCUCACCUUGAGCGCGGCGGCUGGGCCGACGCCGACCCGCCAGCGACGGCCGAAGCCGCCGCCGCGCUGCGGCUGCGCGGCGGCGGGGGCGGCGGCGGCCGGAAGCGGCAGGCGCCUGAGGCAGCGGCGGCCGCCGGCGGGGGCAAGGCGGCGGCGCCACGCGGGAAGCUGAGGCGGGUUGCUGGAGAGAGCAAGCAGGCGCAUGGCAUUAAAAGCGAGCCCGAGCAGCCUGACAGUGAGCUCGAGGAUGACUUGGGGGACGAGGGACCCCUGGCCACCCCCGAUGACGGCGACGGCAGGCGGCAGCACAAGCAGCAGCACACCGGCCCAAAGCCACCGGCCCCGGCGCCUGCAGCGGGCGCCGACCCCAAAAAGCGUGGGCGGCCCCCAAAGAAUAAGGCGGCGGCGGCGGUGGCGGAGGCUGCGGGUGCAGCAGGGACGGCAGCGGCGGGCGGUGCUGGGCAGGUGUUUUCAGAGGGCAUGCGGGUGGAGGUGACUAAUGACGAGGAGGGCCUGAGGGGCUGCUGGUUCACCGGGAGGGUGCUGCAGCUUCAUGGCAGCUACGCCCUGGUGGAGUACGACGAGCUGCACUCGGACGAGGAAGGCACCAUGAAGCUGCGCGAGUGGUUCCCCAUACCCGAUGCCCUCUUCAGCACCGGCCGCCAGCGCCACACCGGCCGCAGCGGCGGGCCGAAGCCCGGCGGGGGCUAUGAGGUUCACGAGGGCGGCGGCUACGCGAUACGACCCCCGCCGCCUGAUGAGAUCGCGGACCUCCAGGCCCCGCCCGCCGCGGGCGACCACGCCGAGGUGUUCUGGGACGGCGGCUGGUGGAUCUGCCCGCUGGCCGCCGCCUCGCCAGCCCAUGUGACCGCCGCGAUCCCCGGGGAGCCGGAGCCCGUCACGGUGCCGCUGGACGGAGUGCGGCGCGUGACGAUGUGGCUGCCCGAGGCUUGCUCGUGGGGGCUGGCGGUGGUGCUGCCGCCUGACGCGCCAGGCGGAGGCGCGGCAGGGAAGGGGGGCGGCGCGGCGGCGGCAGCGAUCGCGACGGAGGGCGAGCAGCAGCAGAAGCAGGCGGAGGCGAAGCGGCAGGAGAGGGCGCAGCGCAAGGAGGAGGAGCGGAGGCGGAAAGAGCGGCAGCAGGCGAAGGCGGGGCGCGAGGCGGCAGCAGCGGCGGCACGCGCCGCCGCGGCCGCCAAGGGCCCCGUUGAUGAUGGUGUGGAGGACGACAAGGAGGGGCAUGAGGAGGCUCGGACGGGCUUGGGUAUUGGCAGCGCCGGCGGCGGCGCGGCGCGUCCCGGCCAGCGCGCCGCAGCGGCGUCCGCGCGGCGGCGCGCCGCGCUCGCAGCCGCAGGCGACGACGAGGACAGCGAGAGGACUGGCGGCGGUGGCAAGCGCCGGGGGCCGCCUGCACGUCGGCGUCGCGCGAGUGACGAAUCGGGGUCGUCUGAUUGGAAGGCAUCAGAUGAUGAUGACGACGAGGAGGAGGAGGUUGAGGAGGAGGAGGAGGAAGAGGAGGACGAUUUUGAGAGUGACCUGGUGGCGGGCUCGGAUGAGGAGGGGGCGCGCCGAGGGAGGCGCGGCCGCGGCGGCGGGCGCGGCGGCGGCAGGCCGACCAAGCUGAUGCAGCUGGCGGCCGCGGCGCGCGGCGCCGGGCGCCGGCCAGCCGGUGGGCGGCGCGGCGGUGAGGAGGAGGACGAAGAUUUUGAGGAGGGGGCGCCGGCGGGCGGCAGGGGCAAGUCCGAGCUUGGCGGUGACGAGGACGGGGUGCCACCGCCGGGGGAGGAGGAGCAGUGGGAGUUUGAGGAGUUCGAGGUGCCCGCUGACCUGGCGGCCGACACCUUCACGCGCCUGCAGCCGAGCUUGCAGCCGUGCGACAAGAAGACCUGGACCAAGGCGGCGCCGCAGAUGGUGCUGCACCGCUUUCUGGAGCUCAGGGCAGCGCUGGAGCCUGCGCAGGUGCCCCGCUACGCCAAGGGGCAGCACCUCCGCAACCACGACCUGCGCAUCUUCAACCAGGCGCGCGCCGAGUUCGACGCGCUGCACGGCGCGGCGCUCGCGCAGCACGCGCCCGCCAUGACCGAGAAAGAGCUGACUAAGGCUGUCAAGGCGCUGAUCAGGCAGCGGGUGAUCAAGUCAAAGGCGGGCGCAGGCGCAGGCGCGGGCGGCAAGGCGGUGAACGUCGUGGCGACAGGCAGGGCGGGGAUAAGGGAGGAGGCUGGCGGCAAGGUCCGCGGCGGGGCCGGGAAGGGCGGCGGCGACGGCGGCAAGGGGCGCGGGGCGUCUGUCAUGCUGCCGGCGAUCGCGUCGGAGGCAGCCGCGGCGGAGGUGUCGUUCUUGGAGAACCCCCUCCUGGCCGUCGCGCGCGCGUCCGCCGCCGCCGCGGCGGCCGAGGCCGGCGCAGCGGCGUCAGCGGCUGCAGCGGCGCCCGCGCGGAGCGACGCCGCGGCGGCGGUGGCGGCGGCGCAGCGGGUGCACGAGGCGCGUGCGCUGAAAGGGGACGAGCUGGAGCGGUCCUGGCACCUGCAGGGGUCGGAGGCGGCGCCGUUUGUGGAGCAAAGCCUCACAGUGUCCCUGGUGCACGUCGCGUCGGAGGCUGGCGGGGCGGCGCAGUACGUGCGCUUCUCGGCGCCGCCCGCGCAGCAGAGGACGCUGCUGUACGCCAGCGACUUUGCAAGGGAGUUUGGCGCCAUCAACGGCGCCGCCGUCGACAACGCCGUCUACGAGGCGCGCCGCCGCUUCGUCGCGCCCACCGCCCUCGCUUGGUCUCAGACCUGCUGCCGCCCCGCGGCCGCGUCAGCGGGCGCUGGCAGGCAGCAGCCGCGCGGCGGGGCGGCGGCGAGCACCAGCAGAGGCGCGGGGGCGGGGGCAGGCGAGAGGUGCUGCCUGUUGGCGGUCGCGACGCGGUCGGGGCACGUGCAGCUGUGGCGGUGCGCGGUGCCGUCCCUUGAGCGGCCGCGCGGCGCGGAGGAGGGGCAGCAGCAGCAGGGGCAGCAGCGUCGACAAGCGGGCAGCGACCAACAGGGGGACGAUGAGGAUGACGGCGGCGCAGCUGAGCAGCGGGAAUCCAAUGGCUGCACGGAGGGUCCAGCCGUCAGCGGCUUUGUCCCGGACGACCCCUUGCCGGCAGCUCCCGCGCUGGAGUACAUAGGGGCGGCCCGCGCCCACGCCGGCGGCGUCACCGCCCUGAGCUGGGCGGUCGUGCCCGCAGGCGCCGCCGCGGCGCUCGGGCGGGGAUCAAGCGCGGGCGGCGGCGGCGGCAGCGGCUCGCGGCCGGUCUUCUUUCUGCCGCGGCGCUGUGAGGAGGGCGACAUUCUGGUGCUGGCCACAGCCGCCGACGACGGCGCCGCGAAGCUCUGGUGCGUCGACCCCUGGGCCAGCGCAGCCACGUCCGCCAUGCAGAGCCUAGGCGUCACGCUGCCGCCCGACCAGGCGCGCGUGCUGUCGCUCGACCUGUGUGUCGCCCCCGCUGGCCCCCCUGACGGCAGCGGCGCACCGGAGGCAGGCGGCCCACGCGGGGGGAAUUCAGGGGCGGAAGGCGCGUGGCAGCUGCUGCUGGGGGCGGGCAAGGCCCUGGGGUCCGUCUCGGUCUGGCGGAGCGCGCCGUUUGAUGCUGCGGGCGCGACGCCGCGCGGACUGGCGGAGCGCGUCGCUGGCGGCGCGCGGAGCGAGGCGGCCGGGGCGCACGGCUGCGCGGGCGUCACCGGCGUCAUCCUGGACCCUUGGGCGCCGGGCGCCGUCACCUGCUGCCUCGCCGGCCGCCUGGCCGCUUGGCGCCUUGCGCCGUCGGGCGAGCUGCUCCCGCACGGCGCCGCCGGCGGCAGCAGCGGCGCCGAGGGCGAGCCCGCGCCGCCAGCGCGGCUCAACCCCCAUGGCCGGCGCCCCGGCGGCGGCGCGGCGGCGGCGCGGCGCGACCGCUUGCCUCUGCUGGGGGUGGCGGCGUCGGGCAACAGGCUGGUUGUUGCGGCGGUGCGCAGCGUGGGCGGACCGCAGCCCGAGCAAGACGGCGCUGCUGCAGGCGGCGGGGGGGAUGGGAAGAAGAGCAACAUGUCAUACAACCGCAUCGCUCGCGCCUGGCUGCAGCUGGUGUUGGCGCCCAGCUGCAGCCAGGGCGGCGGCGGGGGCGCGGCGGGCGGCGCGCGCGGGCGCGGGCUGCCUCACGGUAUGCUGCGCGCGCUGGCGGCGCUGCCGCUGCAGCCGCCCCCGGCGGCAGCGAUGUGGGACGUGAUGAGCGGCGUUGCCCUUGCCGGCUGGCGCGCGGUCGAGCUCCCGGGGCAGGGCGCGCAGGAGCAGCGGCCCGGCCCGCCCCAGGGCGGGGGCGCCUCAGCGCACCAUGCGGCCCGGCAGCAGCGCCGCGUGCGCCAGCGCCGCCUGCGUGAGGCCGAGGUCACCGCCCAAUGGGACGCCCUCCACGCAGCUGCGGAGCAGCUGGCGGCGCGCUGCCCCAACGGCGUCGAGUCCGCGCCGCUGACGCUCGCCGACGCGCCCGCGUGGCGCGCGCUGCGCGCCGGCGCCGCGCUGCGGCGGUCGCUGCUGCGGCUGUGGAUGGGGCCGCAGCAGGUCGCGCGCGACUUCCCACCGGCUGCAGGGCAGCUUCAGGGGGAGCUGCUGCUGCUGGAGAUGCUGCUGACUCAGCGCCACAUGUGGCAGGCGCUGACAGAGUGCGAUGACCACUGCAACGGUGCAGAUGGCGGUGGUGCUGGGAAGCUGAGCGGGCCCGGACAACAGCAACAGCAGCAGCGGCAGCAGCAACAGCAGGUAAAGGGCAAGGACAAAGGGAAGGCGCUGGCCAGCCACAAUGCACGCGCCCAGCAGCAGCAGCAGCAGCAGCCGCAGCAGGCGGGCGCCGCCGCCGCCGCCGCCUCCAAGCUACUGCCGCGGCUGCUGAUGGCGGACUGGUGCAGCCUCCAUAUCCACGACCCCUCAUUCAACAAGGAUCUUAUCCCGCAUGUUGCGGCCACAUACGUCAGCGCACGGACGGACCCUGUCGUGCCGCCGCAGCCGCCUCCGGCGCGCGAGCCCAACCCGUUUGGCGCGCAGCUGCCCGGAGUGGCGGUGGCGGGCCUCGGGCCGCAGGCGGCGCUGCAGGCGGAGGUCGCUCUUGAGCCCGCAGGCGAAAUAGCGGCCGGCCCAGCGGCGGCGCAGGUGCUGCGGGUGCCGCGCUGCGCGAGCACGCUGCGGGUGUGCGUCGCGCCGUCGCCGUGGCGCUGCGGCCUGUGCGAGCGGCGGUACCUCGCCGCGCCGACGCGCGGCGCGGGUGCCGAGGCGGAAGACGUGCCGCGAUGCCUGGUGUGCGGGGUGCGGCUUAGCAAGGGGCCCGCGGUGGCGGGAGCCUUGGAGCAGCCGGCACUGGUGCUGGGACCGCCGUCCCGUGUGGUGGCCCGCCUGCCUUGA